GGAGACUGGGCCCCUGGUCUGCGGUUACAUGGGACUAGACGGCGCGUCCGGCAGCGCCGCCGAGACGCAGAAGUUGAAUUUCGAAGAGCAGCCCGACUCCAGGGAAUUCAGUUGCGCCAAGACUCUGUACAUCUCGGACGCAGACAAGAGGAAGCACUUCCGACUGGUGUUGCGGCUCAUGCUCCGAGGCGGCCGGGAGCUUGGCACCUUCCACAGCCGCCUCAUCAAGGUCAUCUCCAAGCCCUCGCAGAAGAAACAGUCGCUGAAAAACACCGACCGUGAGCGGGGGCGGGGCCCGGCCUCGGGGCGGGCUUGGGGAGGUGCCCCAGGUCUGCAAACGGCUUGAUUUGGGAAGGGGGAGGGGGAGAGGCCUGGGAGUCUGAGCCGAAAGCGGGGCCCGGUCUGGAUAAGUGGGUGUGGCUUAGGUAUGCAAUUUGAGGUUGGGGGUCCCCAAAAUAGCUGGCAGAUGCUGAACUAAAGACAAAAUAUAAAAAGGCAGAGGAAAUUCAGUUAAAGAUAUUUAUUCAGUGCCUGAUGUGCAUUGCAAGUGUCUGUUCUGGAGGAACAGCCUAGCCUAGCAGGAGAGAGACACACAUCGCUGAUCAACGAGAUAGUUGGAGAUAAGUGCUGCCCUGGAUGCCAAGUGAUAAACCCCGGGGCUAAUGGGUUUGACAGUACAGGGGAUAAAAGCCUGAAUGACAAUAACACCAUCACCCUCCCUGGAAGAUGGAAGGGAGAAGCUGGGCCAAGGGGGCCUUUCUUGGCAGGCAUGUACAUUCAUCACUCUGUUGGAUGCUCAUCCUUGUAAGGUGAGUGGUAGGUGAGGAAAAUGAGGCGCGGAACAUCCAUCCAUUCGUUUAAGAAAUGUUCGGGGCUUGGACUUCCCUGGCAGUCCAAUGGUUAAGACUAUGGCUCCACUGUAGGGGACUCAGGCUUGAUCCCUGGUUGGUGAAUCCUAAGAUCCUGUAUGCCACUCAGCGGGACCAGAAAAAAGGAAAAGAAAAAAGAAAUAUUGGGGCCCAUCACCUUCCAAAUGACUUGCUUAGGUCUGCCCAGCUGGAAAAGUGGUCCAGCCAGCAUUUGAACUUGAGUUGAUGUGACUCAAGCCCGCUCCCACCCCACACCUUGUUACUUUCUGUUAAAAAUGCUGAAGGAUGUCUCAGAUUCAGGUAGUGUUCUGGCUGGCCACUGGUGUGAGGACAGGGCCAGGGAAUGGUUAGGUGGUAUAGUGUGACGGUUUUAAGUGCAGAUUCUGGAGCGAGGUGGCCUGGGUUUGAAUCCUGGCUCUGCUGCUGGCUAGCUGUGUGAUCCUGAGGGAGUUGUUCUCUUGAGGAAAGAUAAUAUUAUCUACUGCAGACGGCUGUUGAGAAGCAAAAGAGCUAACUCAUGCUCAGCAUUUAAAAAGGUACCUGAAAUACAGUGAACGUUAGCUAUCAUCAUUAUGAUAGUGGAUGGGAACAUGGGUGAAGUAUACAUUGAGCACCCACAGUAUGCCUGGUACUGUGAGGGAAGAAUGGGUGAAGCCCCAGUGCUUUCUCCCCAGGUGCUCAAAAUCCAAUCAGAAAGCAGAAUGGUGGCUCUGAAUCUGUGCUAAAGGCCAAAAGAGAUGAAUAAACCGUAGAAAUAGACAUUUCACACCACAUGCCUUUUGCUUAUACAGUCUCCUGAGCAACUCCUACCUACCUCGUCCUCCCCAGCUGAGAGUAUAACCUCCUCCAGGAAGCCUUCUGAAAUCCAUCCAGCCCUUACUACAUCCUACUGAAAGUUUCUAUUUAUUCCUGGUCCCCACUCUGAGACUGUGAACUCCUCCAGAGCAAAACUCUAAUUCACCCUUUGGUGCCCGGCACCCAGCGUAGGGCAGGCCACCAAGCAGGCAUUUAGUAACUACUUGAUAACAUUCUGUUUUUUGUGCCCAGGCAGCGAAAAGGACCAGACAGAGGUAUAGAAGCAGGAUUAUAGCAGGUGCUGGAGAAAUAGCCGUGAGACAAUGGCUAGUGUGUCUGGGAAUUUGAGCCAGAUUGGCUCAGGACACAGAGGGUGGGAACUGGCAAUUCCAAGGGGGCAAGCACCGCCCGGGCACUGACGCCACCUCCCCUUACAGUGUGCAUAUCCUCCGGCUCGAAGGUCUCCCUCUUCAACCGCCUGCGCUCCCAGACGGUCUCCACGCGCUACCUCUCUGUGGGGGACGGGGGCUUUGUGGCCAGUGCACGCCAGUGGGCUGCCUUCACUCUCCACCUGGGUAAUCCCGCCAGCAGGCCCGGGGCUGGGCACUUCACAUGCACUCACUUAUUUAAUCUUCACCACAACUCAUCCACGGAAGUAAAUGUUGCCCCAUGGAACCAAGGCUUGCAGACACCAAAAGGCUUGUCAAAAAUCCUAAUGAGUCGGUAACUGAACCCAGCUACUCUGACUCCAGCAUCCAGCCCCUUCCCCCAGCUCAGCCCCUGCCCCCAGAGCACAGGCAUUCUUAAGGAUGGGCCACAAGGGGUUUCUCCAGGCUGAGAAUCUUCAGCCUGAGCCACCUCCCUGUGUGCCAACCCUGCCCAUAAGACCCAUGUGUGACGCGAGAUGGAGCCAGAGGCAGAGGAUUUGGGACGGAAGCGUAGGACCCCUGAAGCCCUCCUGCCUUCUGUUUAUUCCUCAGCUGAUGAACGCUGUUCCCAGGGGGACUUCCCGCCUCGAGAGGGCUACGUCCGCUACGGCUCCCUGGUGCAGCUCGUCUGCACGAUCACGGGCAUCACCCUACCUCCGAUGAUCAUCCGCAAAGUAGCCAAACAGUGUGCCCUCCUUGACGUGGAUGAGCCCAUCUCCCAACUCCACAAGUGUGCAUUCCAGUUUCCCGGUGGUCCUCCAGGAGGAGGUGGCACCUACUUAUGUCUCGCUACAGAGAAGGUGGUGCUGUUUCAGGCCUCCCCCUGCCCCAAGGAGGCCAACAGAGCGCUGCUCAACGACAACUCUUGCUGGACCAUCAUCGGCACCGAGUCGGUGGAAUUCUCCUUCAGCACCAGCCUGGCGUGCACCCGGGAGCCGGUCACUCCCGUGCCGCUCAUCAGCACCCUCGAGCUGAGUGGCGGGGGCGACGUGGCCACCCUGGAGCUCCAUGGUGAGAACUUCCACGCGGGGCUCAAAGUGUGGUUCGGGGACGUGGAGGCCGAAACCAUGUACAGGAGCCCGCGGUCCCUGGUGUGUGUGGUACCCGACGUAGCCGUCUUCGGCAGCGACUGGCGCUGGCUGCGCACACCCAUCACAGUGCCCGUGAGCCUCGUGCGCACCGACGGCCUUUUCUACCCCAGCGCCUUCUCCUUCACCUACACGCCCGAGUACAGCGCGCGGCCGGGGGCCCCGGGCGCCCCGGCGGCGCCCGCCGCUGACGCCGACGCGCUCCUGGAGAGCAUCCAUCACGAGUUCACGCGCACCAACUUCCACCUCUUCAUCCAGACGUAGGAGGGGCGGCCUGGACGCUGAGACCUGGCCGGGGGCCGGUUUUCUGGGUCCUGGGCCCUGCCCUCCGCCUCGGUGCUGCGGAAGUGAAAGCUUCAGGCCGACUUGCAGAAAGCUCUCGCCCUAGAAACCUGGCCUUGCGGGUCUUACACCGGUUACUCCCUCGUCCUUUUCCGUAUAGGAAGACUCCGCCUGAGUGAUGCGCCCUUUGUAUCCGCUCAGGAGUGUGGUUUUCUCUGUCAUUGUCUUUUUCACUCUCAUACCCUCUCUCCCUCAGUAACUAUAGUUUUUUUUGUUUUCUGUUUCUGUCAUGCCACGUGGCCUGUGGGAUCUUAAUUCCCAGACCAGGAAUGGAACCCGUCCCCCAUGCGAUGGAAGUGCAGAGUCUUAGUCCCUGGACAACCAGGGAGUUUCCUGUAGAUCCCUGCCCCUGCAUCUUUGUUUCUCUCCAUCACUCUGGAUCUGGCAUACAGUUUCACACAUUGUGAAAAGCCUAGCCUAGAGCAGUGACCCUCCAGACAGCUGUGUCUUCCCUGAAAGAAGAAACGGGUAGUAUUUCACACACAUGGGGCAUGGUCUCACGCUUGCCCUGCUGGCCCUGAAGCACCAGGUCCUGCCUGGAACAUUGGGUCCCACUCCAAGCACCAAGUCCCUUCUGGAGCAUGGGGAACCUGUCCUGGAGUGCUGGCUUCCACCCUGCAAUACAAAGCUUGGUCCUUUCCUUAGUCUUUUUCUGGCUGGAGCCAGGCAUAGUACCCAUGCAGAUGUUUGCCCUCUGGUCCACAACUUUGGUGGCUGGGCAGGUCCCUGGGGCAGUGGUCAGGUCUUGCCGUCUUAACUGUCUACCCACGCAUUUCUUUCGCAGGCCCAGUAAGAUGCAGUCAGUCCUAAGGGUCAGAGAUUGCUCUGCUGUGUUGGCAUCAACUCCCAGCCAGGGCAGAGUCUGAUCUGUAUGACCCACCUGCUCCCAGAGGGAGGUGCCCCAGUGUGCUUCCCCCGACAUAUACACAGAGUAGAGGACCACAUGUGUGGUGGAGCAGAUAGCUCACUUGUGAUACUUCCUGGAGGAGCAAUGGGGGUUCAGAGGUAGCCAGCAUCCCUGAGCCCCUGUCCCUGCUCUGGGGACCACCUGCUGCCUCUAGGCAGGCCCAGGGGCAACCACAAGACCCAAAACAAAACUUGCCCAGGACAAGUCUAGGCAGAACUCAUGGGAUCUGCUGGGCAAUAACCAAGAAAGAGUAGCUUCUUUGAAUGGAGCCCAGGGAUAAAAUUGCAGUUUAUCACUGCCCAGACUCUCCACCCUCAGCCAAAUGUGUGCCCCACAGGGAGGGUCCUGACUCGGGCUAUGGAAACCAUGACACAGAUAUCGUAGGUGCCAACUGUUGUACCAGCCCCUGGCGGUGCCAAAAUGGGAGAACUGGUCUGAAAUGUGGGUCAAGGGCUCUCACCCCUCUGGGACUUUUUUUAAGCUCUAAGUUCAUUUCCUGAGAUGCUUUCCCCAGAACAUAGAAACCCCCAUGAAAAAGAAGAAGCUGAUAUUUCCCAAGGGGGCAAAAUGGGCUUUGCUCUUAGAGUCCUCAAAGUCUUGGCUAAGUUCCGUUCUCUGCCGUCAGCAGACUGAAACCCACAAGGAUGGGAAAGAGAAGCUUGUUCAGAGCCUGCCAUGGCUCCUGGGAGUGGAUCCUGGCUGAGGAACCCAGGGAACAACUGGAUGGAAAACGUCCUCCACAUGAGUGCCUGUCCCAGGAGAGUUUGAGCUCACUGCCCAGUGAGACUGAAGCAGGAAGCCACUUGUAAAGGCACUAAAAGGUUUCAUAGCAUAUCACAUGGGGAGUUGGGGCUCAAGGGCCUUUCCAGUUCUGCCCUCAAGAACUUCCUCCACCACUCCACCAGGCAGCAGUCCCGGAAGCCAAGGACCUAGCUUGGCUUGAAAGCCCAGCCAUGCAGCUCUAUUUUUUGCACUAUCUGCAGGACACUCCCAGACCCUUGGUCCCACCUACGAAAGUCUGUGCCCUCAGAGCUCCAACCCUGGCCUGUCUUCUGAGUUUCAGUUGCUGGACUGUCCUGGAAGGUCUUCUCUCCCUCAAGCCUGAAUCUGUCUAACAUCAAACUCUCCUCCCUCUCCAUCUCCCUUGCUAGAAGAGGCUUCCUCCUCCACUCCACUACUGCUCGGCUCCAGACUCAGCUCAGACAGUCCGUUCUUCGAGAUGUCCCUAAUUCGGGACUUCCCUGGUGGUCCAGUGGGUAAGAAUCCAUCUGCCAACGCAGAGAACAGGGGUUCGAUCCCUGGUCCAGGAAGAUCCCACGUGCCACAGGGGGAUCUUCCCUGUGGCCACAACUACUGAGCCUGGGCUCUAGAGCCAUUGCUCCGCAACGAGAGAAGCCACCUCAGUGAGAAGCCUGCACACCCCAACUAGAGAAAGCCUUCGUGCAGCAGCAAUGAAGACCCAGCACAGCCAAAAAAAAAAGUCCCUAAUUAGACUUAAUACGGUGAUCGUUUUACAUUGUAUUCAAAUAUCGCAUCAUUAUGUUGUACACAGAAACUAAUAUAAUGUUAUAUGUAAAAAAAAAAAAAAAAAGAUUUCCCCAAGGCAAGAUUACAUAACUUGCAGGCCCAGGGCAAAAUGAAAAUAUAUAACCCCUUGUUCAAAAAUUAUUAAGACUUUCAAGACAGCGAUAGCAGAGCAUGAAAUCAAGGCAGGGCCCUGCCAAGCACAGGGUCUUGUGUGCCUGUCAAGGUCACAAGCCCAUGAAGCUGGCUCUGGCCCCAGGCUUUCCAUCUUGUUUUCCCAUAGAAUCCCACUAGAACCAUGUACUGCCCACCUUGGAUCAAAGGGCUUUAUGUACGCGUCAGCUGUCCACUCUAGACUGUGAGCGUCAUGUGAGAAGGAGCUUAUCCUGGUGUGGCCUAGGAGGUGCGUUGCAACGCUUGAACACUGAAUAAGUGCUCAAUGAAUACCAAAGAGCAUGGGAUUGUAUUGGCAGAUAUUAAAUUUGGAUUUUGCAAGUGCAGUGUGAAACCAGCAGGUGGCACUGUUGUCCUCCCAAGCAUUGAGUAUUUAUAGUUAAACAGUACGGGUCCUUAAAGAUAAUCUUCACUUUUUCAUGUUCUCAGGAUCAGAACAGAGUUGAGAGUCAUUGCUGUCCUCCAUAUUUCAUCCUCAUUUUACAGAUGGGGAAACCGAGGCUCUGAGAGAGAAGCCCCAGGAAACGGCAGGUUGAUGAUAGCGUCUGAUUUGAAUCCUACACUUUUGAUGCAAAGUCUGGGGCUCUGAGAUUCUUUUAAUUUUCUACUUCAUAGUCUUUAACAUUCUUAAUUCCCUGCUAUAUGUAGGUAGCAUAUGUGUGUGUGUGUUACAAAGGGCGGGAUUGGGGGUAGGGAGUGGAUGGGGUACAUACUGUAUUCUUGCUGUGAAUAAGGUCAAAAUCUCUGUUCCCCAAAUCUCCCAGUUUACCAGCUCUCAUGCUGCCUGAGAGCCCACUGUGGGGGUGGGGUGGGGGGAGCAAGUCUUUUGGUGUAAUUCUUCUGGGAACAUUGAACUUUGAGUUUCUCUCUCUCUCUUCUGUUUCUUUGAAGUUGAGUUUCUUUAAAUAGAAAGUCAUCAUGACCACAGUGCGGGUAAUAUUCUCAGACACCUUCCUCCCUGGGGAGGAUGCUGAUGGCUGUGGGCACAGACCAUGAAGACGGCAGAGGAGAGGGGAAGUGGUUUUAAGGGGAAUGAAACCAGCAGGGCGACAUCUCCUGAGUUCUGCAACAGCCUUGACCAUAUUCACCCCAAAAGGCUCUGUUCCAGACCCCAAGGGACAAAGGCAGGUUGGACGGCCGUGCCACAAUGGUUUCAGUGGUAAAUUGGUGAACACCUGUUAUAACUGGUUGCUCGCUCCCUGGGGUGGGAGAGGAGCAGGUAAAGUUCAGGGGUGAGGGUGGGGGCUAAGGCAGAGCCUUGGGACCAAGUUCUUUAUGGACUCACUGGUGCUAGAAUUUUAAAGUGGGACCCACUCUGCCAAGUUCAUCCCAAGCCCGUAUCAGGUUCUAAGCAUCCCCUCGCCACCCUGGCUGGUGUCUGUAAAUGCACACCCCUAGCACCUCAUCCUGGGUGGGAGUAUCCUGGACCAGCUGGUUUUGUGGCCCCUGACUUACCAUGGCUCCAAUUAUGAUUGUUUUCACUUUACCCGGUGAGAAGGCAAUACACAUUCAGUAGAAACCGUACUUUAAACCCUGAUCCUUUUCUGGGCUGGCGAUAGGCACUCUGGUCUUCUCUCCUGAUGCUAGGGCCACGGCAACGAGCCUUGGUUUUCGGUCCACCAGGUGACUGAGGGUAAGCAAUGGAUAAACUGAAAACCAUUCUGUUUUUCACUUUCAUUACAGUAUUAAUAAAUUACACAAGAGAUUCAA